AUGUACCUUGCUGCCCUGCAACGUCGUCGCGAAGGUGUCAAGAUCACCAACACUUUCUCUCAUAAUACCUCUGAGAAGAACGAGGGUGUCUAUGGAAAGGAUGGCGAAGAUGUCGCUGUAACCGAUGGCUACCAUCCCGUUACCGGCUGGAAUAUCGAUGCUGACAAGGCUGACGCACAGCGUGCGUUGAGAGUUGCAGGUUGGAUGAGCGCGUUCUACCUCAUUACUACCGAUAUUCUUGGUCCUACGAGUUGCCCUUGGGCUUUCUCUCAACUUGGUUAUGUCCCUGGUAUUCUUCUUUAUUUCUUCAUGGGUAUUGCCGCUGCAUAUACUGGUUGGCAAAUCUGGUACAUGUACCUUGCUUUGGACAGUCAUGAAUAUCCAGUUCGUACUUACAGUGAUUUGGCUGGUGUCAUCUUUGGCAAGACUGCUGAGCACGUUGUCAAUGUCCUCCAAUCUCUUCAACUUCUCUUCAACGUUGCUGUCAUUAUCCUCGGUAACGGCCAGGGUUUAUCUCAAAUUGCCAAUGCCAGUGUCUGCUUCAGUGUUCUUGUUCUUGUCUGGGCUUUGGCAGGAAUGUUUGUCGGUCAAAUUCGUUCUCUUCAAAACUUUGGUUGGUUGGCAAACUCUGCUAUUUGGAUGAACUUGGUUGUUAUCUUCAUUACUAUGGGUGUGGUUGCCCAUUCAGCUCCUAACUAUCUUGCGGCUGGUCUGCAAAACGGACAGACUGGUACCGCCAUCGUGACAGGCGCAUUCAUUGACACUACCUUCAAUCAGAAAAUCGUCGGCAUUAUGCAAAUUGUCUACUCUUAUGGUGGCGCCAUGAUGUUUGUUAACUUUAUGGCAGAAAUGAGACGUCCAUUUGACUUUAUCAAGGGUAUGGCUAUGGCUCAAAUUGUCAUUUUUGUCUGCUACGUUAUGUACGGUAUCUUCGUGUAUUCUUACCAGGGUCAGUACACCAUCAACCCUGCUAACCAAGGUAUCUCCAACUAUGGUUUCCAAACCGCUACCAAUGUCCUCUCUCUUGUUUCUGCGUUGAUCGCAGCUGGCCUGUACGGAAACGUUGGUCUCAAGAUUGUAUACCAAACUAUCAUUUUGGAUCUCCUCAAUGGACCUAAGAUGGCUUCAGUUACUGGUCGUAUUACAUGGACCUUCCUUGUACUUGGCUAUUGGGCCUUUGCUUUUGUUAUUGCCAGUGCUAUUCCACAAUUCAGCAAUAUCUCGAGUUUGGUCGCUGCCGUUUGCAUUCUGCAAUUUACCUAUACUUUCCCACCACUCCUCAUGUUGGGAUAUGAAGUUCAACGUGAUGCCAUUUCGACCGAAGAGUACAUUGAUGAACAGACCGGCCAACCCGGACAGGUGCAAGAUACCUGGUCUAGUUGGUCUCGCUGGAAGCGCGGACUUACCAAGCGCUGGUAUGUCAAGCUUUUCAACUUCCUUUUCUUUUUGGCUGCCUUGGCUACUGCUUGUCUCGGUAUGUACACAAGUGGAGAGGCCAUCCAGGAAGGUUUCCAGUCCAGUGGUGCCGGUACAUCGUUCACUUGUCAAUCGCCUGUUGCUUAGAUCAUACUAGCUAAAAAUCACUUCCUAUGAAAUUAUGUAAUUUUAU